AUGUUUUGCGUUGAGGCGCCACCACCGCCGCCAUGGCAGCCGGGCUCUGGGCCUGGACCGGGUCCGGGUCCUGGGGUGGGGGUGGCACCGGCGCCGCCCCCGGGGGCAGCGCACAGCAGCCCCUUAACGCCGCCCUCGGGCACGCGCCUCCAACUGCACGUCGACGCCAGCCCUUCCAGGCUCUCACUGCAGUCCGGCAGCUUCCAGUGCAGCCUGGGUUCCUCCACGGGCGACCUCAGCGUGGAGGCGGCGCAGCUGGAGCGAGCCAUUCGCAACAACGACACGGUGCGCGUCAAGCGGUUCCUCGAGCUGCACCACGACAAGUUCCAGGUCAACCUGCACAGUAGUUUUUUAGAUAAAUCUUCCUGCGAAUCGCAAAGCCAAGACGUCGAAAUCCUGCUCAGAAAAUCGAAAACGUUAAUUGAUCGGAGAGGGGUGGUGGAUAAGGCGGCGUGUGCCGACAGGCUGCAGCCGGCGUCGUCGUGCGCGUCGUCGGCGUCGUCGGCGGGCGUGGCGGAGCCGUCGGUGCCGCUCAUCUUCAGCAACGCGCUGCACGUGGCGGUGGAGCACGGCGCCGUCGACGUGGCGCGCCUGCUGCUCAAGUACGGCCUCGAGCCCAACCAGGGGGGCCGGCUGCCGGGGCCUAUUGUACAAGGCCCCUCGUCGCCGCUGACGCUGGCGCCGCCGCCGCUGUCCGGCCAGCGACGCGGCACGCCCUGGGCGGGCUCCCCAGCGUCGCUGUCGCCGCCGCACUACCAGCUGCCCGCCAUCACCACCAGCCCUGCUGACCCUCCCUCCGCUCUCGCCGUCACCUCGCCCACGGCCGCCGGUGCCCGACGCCGCCGCCUGGGGAGCACCGUGGGCCCCCCGCCUCCGCCCGGCCCGACGCCACGGCAGCGCUCGCUGUCGCUGGAGAGCCAAGCGACGCCGGACACGGGCCGGCGCAGCGUGUCGCUCAAGUCCAGCCCGCUCAUGUCGCCGCGGCCUCCUCCUCCCCCUCAACAGCAGCAGCAGACUCCACAGCAGGCGCAGCCGGAGCGCAGCAUCUUCGCGGAGCUGCGCCGCAGCAGCGAGAUCUUCAAGAGCAUCCUGCUCAACCUGUCCACGAGGGAGGCGGCGGCAGCAGCAGCGGCGGUGUUCCGGCCAGCAGGUCUGCUGGCGGCGCACGAACAGCGCCGGUUAACCACGUACCAGCGUGAGGACUCCAGCUCGACGAGUUCUCCCACCUCGAGCUCGACGUCGGCGUCUUCCUCGCAGUCGACGUCCGCGUCGUCGUCGCCGUGCCCGUCGUCCUGCUCACUGAGCGCUGCCUCCUCGUCCGGCAACGGGCUCGCUUCCGAUGCAGGCGACGUCCCGUUGCUUGUCGUCAACCCAGCGCUGCCACCCGAAAAGGUGGUGGGUCUCGCGCAUCACUACACCAAACACUACCUGUACACGCUGCCGGCGCUCUUCCUGGCUGUCGUCAAGGGCAACGCCACGCUCGUGUACCUGCUGCUCAAGUACGGCGCCGCAGUCAACUUCCAGGAUGGACAAGGGAACACGCCUCUUCACCUGGCUGUAGCACAGCAGACAGUGCCGUGGGAGUGCGUGCUGGACCUGGUGGAGCGGGGCGCGCAGGUGGCGCUGCGCAACAAAGCGGGCGUGAGGCCCGUGGACCUGGCGCCCGGGGACGUGCUGGCCAGGCUGCAGGACCAGAUGCUGGCCGACUGCUGGGCCGGCCUGGCGCCAAGCUCGCCAGCUGCGCAGCAGACCACCCAGCAGGCGCAGCAGGCGGCCGGUGCGCAGCAGCAGGGCGUGCAGCAAAACACCCAGCAGGCGCAGGUGCCGGCGACGCCCGCGGGUGCCGAGUCGCCCGGCAGCGGCGCCGCCAACUCGGGCCCAUCGUCGCGCAACCCGGCACGCAUCCUGCGCAAGCUGCGCACGGCGGGCGGCGGCGGCGGCGCGGCCAGGGCAGAGUCCACCGAGGAGGCCAGCUCCGCCUCCGUCGAGAUGCUGGCGCUCUCCUCCACCGGCUCCGAGACCACGGAGGCUCUGACUAAACAAGACUCGAGACGACGCGCGAGGAGGAAAGCGUGGCGCGAAGCCAGACAGGCGCACGUCUCGCAAAACACGGAGAAGUCGCGGUGCUUAGAGGCAGAACGCAGCUUCCAGGUGCUACUGCACAUGGCCACCAACCCAGAGUGCCUGGGCGGCGUGCUGCGUGGUUUGUUAGUGCAUCACAACAACCUGCUGCGCCUACUGCAGCUGCUCAACCACAGCGCGCUGCACCGCAGCAUGGCAGCGCUGCUGCACGCUGUCCUCAAGACCGCUGUGGAGACGUACGGGGAGCGCUCGGCGGCAGCGACGCCUCCUGCUGUGACGUCACCGGAGAGCGCGCAGCAGCAGGUGGCGGAGGCGACGCAGCAGCUGAGCGGCGCGCUGUGCCUGCUGCUGCGCGUCUGCCUCAGCCUCAUCCACGGCGUGCACGACCUGCAGUACACCGCCAUGGUCACCAUCAACAAGGCCAUCGACGUCUGCGUCGUGCACCGCCUGGCGCACGUCAAGGUGCGCUCCGCGCGCGUCCUCCAGCACCCCUGCAAGCCAGUUAGCGCGGAGCCUGUGGCGCCCUCGUCCGGCACGGCGGGAGACAACACUGCCGCGACGUCGGCGGUCGGCCGGCAGUCGGCGUCCAGCGCGGGCACGGCGGAGCCAUCUAGCGGCGACCGCACGAGGCGCCGGCUCGGCGCGAAACGACUGGGUUCCGUGUGGCGGCACUCGUCCACCGCGGAGCCGACAGAGCGCGCGCGGAGCGAGGCCGACGCCGUCGACAAGGAGGAGAGCGUCAUAGACGUGCUGUCGAGCGUGCACGCGCUGUCGGUGCUGAACAUCCUGCACAACGCGCUGACGCUGUACAAGCGCGUGGUGGGCAGCAAGCAGCAGUGCUCUCCCAGCCAGAGGUGGCGGCACUGCAGCUACCACUGCCUGCAGAUCCUGGCGGCGCGCGCGCUGCUCUUCAUGGUGGAGGGGCCCUCGGUGCAGGCCCAGCUGGCGCAAGAGCCGCAGCUGCGCAUACUCGCCGCCGCGCUGGACUCCACGCACGAUCCGCAACUGCUGGUGCUGGUGCUGCAAAUCGUGGCGACUCUGGCGCUGGAGCCGGCGCACCACCGCGCGCUGCUGGACCAGGGGCUGCCCGACGUGCUGAGCCAGCUGCUGCUGCCGUCGGACGAGUGGUACUACACCAACCACAGCACGCGCUACGCCAAGUACGUCAAGCACCACGCGGCACGCGCGCUCGUCUACCUGGGCCUGCAGCACCGCGUCAACCUGCGCUUCAGCGUCUACGACAUCCUGCAAGACGACCUGCCGCCGCCGACGCCGCUCACGGAGUCUGUGGAGGACGCGUACAUCACGGCGACGUCGGCGCCCCCGGCCAUCGUGCACUGCCCGCGGACCAACAACGUACUGGGCCUGUCCGUCGAGGGCGCCGUCAUGCACGUACUCCGCACUCUAGAGACAUCACUCAGCCAAGGAACAACGUCAUCAUCGGACUGGGCGACCCCGCACUGGGCCCUCAGCGGCAGCAGCUACUCGCAGACUCCGCAGAAGGGUGCGUACCACAGCCGCCUGCAGCUCAGCACGCUACAGUUAUUCAACUUAACUGUAAAGUCACACUUGCGUGUUCUUAAACAUCUCAUCAACUGUGAUAAACCAUUGCCAGUGUUGUGGCAGUUCCUAUUGCUGCGUAAGCUGCCAGCCACAGUGGCCACACCCCUGGCUACUCCACAGCUGCUAAUACAGGCAAUUGUGAGUGAGAUAUGUUACACGGAGGAAGAGCUCGAUGUUGUGCAGACUGCUGUUUGUACUGAUGCCAGUAAUGCUUCUAUUUCAUUAGGCAUAGUGAGACAGCUGUGCAAGCUGAGGAAAGAGAAGCUCACUGCUGCACGGGCUACUAAUGCAGUUGCUGAUCUAAGUAGUGCUGCUGGCGCAGGUGCUGAGACAGGCGGCGCGAGACAGCUGUGCGAGCCGAGGCAUGUUGCAGGGCAGGCGAGCUCGCUGCUGCACGGGCUGCUGGCGUGCAUGCCGUGCGUGCUGUCGCCGGUGGUGCUGCUGCGGCUGCUGCUGCACCGGCUGCUCACCACGGCGGCGCCGCACCUGGCGCGCUGGCGCAGCUGCGCCUCCAGGUCGUCCUUCGCCUCCGCCGGACACGCCGAGGGCCCGCGGACGCCGCGAAGCAGGGCUUCCUCCACCGACACCGAGCCCAGCUCCCUGCGCAAGAGGAGGAAGGUGAACCUGACCGUGGACUGCACGACGGCGCUGGAGGGCGGCGCCGAAGAUGCGGCGGUGAGCACCAGCCGGUCCCGCGGGCUGCACCGGCCGUCGUUCACCCAGCAGGGGUCCGGCCUGCCCGUGCACCAGCCGCUGGAGCGCGCCUCGUCGCUGGUGCCCGCGCCCAGGGACAGCCUGGGGCUCGAGCCCGCCAUGCAGGCGACGCUGUUCGCGUUCUCGCACAUGCUGCGGCACGCGCCGAGCCGCGACUCGCUGCAGAGCAGCAGCGACGGCCGGGGUUCUGCGCCCGGCUCGCCGUCGCUAGUGGUGGUGCCGGUGCCGCAGCAGCUGCCCCUGGGCCUCAGCCUGGGGCUGGGCGCCCACAAGCCGCGCCGCGCCUCCUUCCGCUUCUCCAGCCUCCACAAGCGCCGCUCCAAGUCGCAGGCCAACAUCGCCGCCGUCGUACACAAAGUCGAUGUAGGGUCGCACCGACGCGGCGACACGCCGGAGCAGGAGAUCCUGGCGUUCCAGAAGCAGCUGCAGAACCUGCCCGACUUCGACUCCCCGGACCACCCGGACCCGGUGGCGGCGGCGGCCGAGUUCCUCGCCGGCCGGCCGCACCUCCGGCCGCGCUCGCGCUCCAUGCCGCGCGUCUCCUACGAGAACUCGUCGUCGCGCUACCUCACGCUGCCCGACGCGUGGGCGCCGUGGCCCGGCGGCGGGGGUGGUGGGGUCGGCCGCCUGCACAGGGGCCGGUCUGCGGGGGCGCUACCCGGCGCGGGCGACCACAGCCCGGCCGCCGCAACCACGCCCGUCGAGGAGCGCGCCGCCGUGGGGCUGGCUUCGGUGGCCGUGUCGGGGGCCGGCUCGGGGGCGGCGCCUGGCGUGGGGGCGGCGCAGGGGGGCGGCGGGGGCGGCGACCGCGGCGGCUCCGGCAGCCGGCGCUCGAGCCUCAGCCCCUCGGACCGGUCCGGCCGCCGUCGGGACAGCCCCGCCUGCAUCCUGGUGGAGGUGCCUCCGUGGCACAGGGCCAUCCUCAACUUUCUUGAGGAGUGGCUGCGCGUGUCGCGGGUGGAGCUGGACCGCAACCCACCGCUGUGCCGCGAGCUGCGAGACUUCCUGACCAAGGUGUCCGGCUGCGGGCCGCCCUAUCAGCAGUGGUGCGCCGAGCUGCGCCAGGAGCACCCCGCCCUCGCCCGUGACCCCGACCUCGACAGUGCGGAUGACUUGGAGGAGACCGACCGAGAAUACUGCCAGAUGCUGGAUGUAAUAGCGAGUCCGGUGGUCGCUCGCUCGCGCGCGGCAGUGGUCGACGCGGCCGCGGACGCGGACGAGGCCGUCAUGGCAGACGGCGCCAGCCAGGGCCGCCACGGACACCGAGGGCCGCAAGCCGGCGACGCCGGGGCGCUAGCGGGCCCCCAGCCGGCGGUAAGCAGCUACACUUCCCGUCACAGCGCCAGCGCCGUCUGUGUGCGGCGCUACUGGCCUUAA